AGCAGCAGCUCACAUAAACAAGAUGAAGCCUCACUGAGGCGUUGGCCGUCUGAUUGUUGGAGGAGGAGGUUUGGCCAGACAGCGAGUCUUUGUGGUCCUCUGGACAAAGAGACGCUCUCAGUCGACUGCAGCCUGCCGACCUCACAGGGUCACAACCAGCCAGACCCCGACCCGAACUCCUCCUGCCUCCUGGUCCUGGUUCUCUUCUGCAGGGAGACGACAUGAAGCGCUGCCUCGGAUUAUUCCUGCUGCUCUGUUGUGGGAUGAUUCAUCUGGGUUCUGGACUUCGCUGUUACAAGUGCUCUGAUUACACGGGUCGCUGUCAGAACGUGCAGGAGUGCACAUAUGAAGACUCCUGUAUAUCUCUGAGUGAGAGAGGUGGGAAGACCAUCCGUCAGUGUAUCCGCUACACCGACUGUGACAACUCCCGCCUCUCCCAGAUGUUCCCGGCGGUCUCCGGCUUCACGUAUCGAUGCUGCAGCAGCAACCUCUGCAACACCGCCGCCGCCGUCGCCGCCGCGCCGCCGCUCCUGGCUCUGGCUCUGAGUCUGACCGGGACCCUGCUGAGUCUCUGGUGGUUUUGGGUCUGAAUCAAUCGUUUAGUUUGGAGAUUCAGGAUUUAACGACUGAAGUUUUGUUAGUUAACAUGAACUAAACGAGUGUUGCUGGUUGUUUUUGGUUCUCAGGUCUCUCUAUACGUUUUUUUACCUGUUUAACAAUAAAAACAAUAAAGUUUUGUUGAAUUUUUGC